CGUUCUAUCAAUUAAAUAUGAAAAAAACUCUCUCUCUCUAGCCGAUGUUUCACACUAUAAAUACCUGGAAAAAGCCAGAACCCAUCCAUCCAAAGUGGAACCAAAGCAUACAGUCCACUUUCUUUGCUUUACAGUCAAUUUAGUUUUCAUCAAACAGAGAGAGAGAGGGGGAGGGGUUAGAGCGAGAGUUCAGGAAAAGAGGGACAGUUUGCUCUUGGGUUUUAUACUUGUAAUAAGUUAAGAGAGAUCAUGGGUAGUACCGCUGGUCAAGUGAUUCGCUGCAAAGCUGCUGUUGCAUGGGAAGCAGGGGAGCCAUUAGUGAUAGAGGAGGUUGAGGUCGCUCCUCCUCAGGCCAUGGAGGUCAGGCUCAAGAUCCUAUACACUUCUCUGUGCCAUACUGAUGUCUAUUUUUGGGAGGCCAAGGGCCAGAAGCCACUGUUUCCUCGUAUCUUCGGUCAUGAAGCAGGAGGGGUGGUGGAGAGUGUUGGUGAAGGUGUGACAGAGCUUCAGCCAGGAGACCAUGUCCUCCCUGUCUUCACAGGUGAAUGUAAGGAAUGUGCUCACUGUAAAUCAGAGGAAAGCAAUAUGUGUGACCUUCUUCGCAUCAACACAGAUAGAGGGGUGAUGCUUAGUGAUGAAAAAUCCCGAUUCUCAAUAAAUGGAAAACCGAUUUAUCACUUUGUUGGGACUUCCACUUUCAGUGAAUACACAGUCGUCCAUACAGGAUGUGUAGCUAAGAUUGAUCCCACUGCUCCCCUUGAUAAAGUUUGUGUUCUCAGCUGCGGUAUUUCAACAGGUUUGGGUGCAACUUUGAAUGUCGCGAAGCCAACUGAAGGAUCAUCAGUGGCUGUUUUUGGAUUAGGGGCUGUCGGCCUUGCUGCUGCUGAAGGAGCAAGACUUGCUGGUGCUUCAAGGAUAAUUGGUGUUGAUGUGAAUCCAAAAAGAUUUGAAGAAGCCAAAAAGUUUGGCUGUACAGAGUUUGUGAACCCAAAAGACUAUGACAAACCAGUCCAAGAGGUGCUAGUGGAGAUGACUAAUGGUGGGGUGGACCGUAGUGUUGAAUGUACAGGGAACGUCGAUGCUAUGAUUGCUGCUUUUGAAUGUGUUCAUGAUGGGUGGGGUGUAGCUGUGCUAGUUGGGGUACCUCACAAGGAUGCAGUGUUCAAGACACACCCCAUGAAUAUGCUCAAUGAAAGGACUCUCAAAGGAACGUUCUUUGGCAACUAUAAGCCGCGUUCUGAUCUUCCCUCUGUUGUUGACAAAUACAUGAAGAAGGAACUUGAACUGGAGAAAUUCAUCACACAUUCAGUCCCAUUCUCAGAGAUCAAUAAGGCUUUUGAUUACAUGCUCGAAGGGGAUGGCCUUCGCUGUAUCAUUCGGAUGGGAGAGUAAUGUCAAAUAGAGGAGUGUAAUAGCUUCAGUUCGGUUUCAACUCGUAUUGCUUUCGGUUCCUGAAACUUGAAGAAGCAAAAAGAAAUAAAGUACUUGUUGGUGGUUGCUUCUAGUUUAAUCGGGUUAUCUUUUUUGAAUCUUCAUUUUUAUCUGUUUUUUUUCCUAUUUUAUGAGGUGUUUAACCUCUUUGUUUCUUUUAUGUGGUUUGUAAAUGAUUGUAACUGGUCGUUGUUUAGUUAAUGGUAAUCCUUUGUGAAUGAAAUUAUCUUGUUUAUGGUAA